AGUUUCUCUACAGGUAGGAAAGUGAGACAGACUAGGAAGGCAGUCUGAGUGAGUGUCUUACCGGUAGAAACGGGAAGAUUCACGGUUAGUCCGGCUGGUUGUUGGUGAUAGGGUUGGGAAACAUCAUUUUAUAAAGACACCAUUUCAGCUGUCACGUUUGGCUGCUGUGAGCCCGGAAACCUGUACACCUGAAUGGCAGGAUCUCACCGGCCUCACAAAACCUCCGGGCUCCAUAUCCCUGAAGUUGAGUCUGUGUGCAGAACAUACAGAAGGACACAUGGCUUGUACAACACAGUCGGCCUUAGACUACGUAAAGAGUGCCAGAGUCCACCUUGUGAGAGAAUUAAAUAAUCUGUCAGUGGUUGUGGAGAACUUGUACCAGCAAAGAGUUUUUAGUGAUGAAGAGGUCAAAGAAAUACAGACAGAGAGACAUGACUACGAUAAAACCAGGAGAAUACUGGACUCAGUCAUUAAGAAGGGGGAAGCGGCGUGCUACAAGUUCCUCAGAAUUAUUGACGUGACGAGGAAGAGGACCUUAGGGAGGACGUCCCUUCUCCCUGCGACAAAGAGUUCAGCUUCUACUGAAGCCAAGAAGUUUGACCUGCACUUCUGGAUCAGCUGCUUUUCUUUCAAGGACGACACACAGAUGGAUAUAAACUACUUACAAGGCUCCAGUCCGUGCCACAGAUACCAGGAAAACUUGAAGUCAAAAGCACAAAAAAUAUCAAAUGAGUUUUGGAAGGCAAACAAAAUUCAAUUUGACAGAAACAAAAAGCCUGAUCUGUCGUACGCUGCUCUUGUAUUAGACACACAAGGAAGUGUUUUUCCAUCUAAAAUAAAGAAAUUGAAGAACAAGAAGAGCAAGAUGAGUCGCCCUAAAAAGCUGAGGACAUACAUCCCUGAGGACAGACCAGACAUUUCCCCCAGUGACCUGCUGAAGACCGAUAAAAACAUCCUCUUGGUUGGUAAGCCUGGAAUUGGAAAGACAGCACUCACUCACGAAAUGUUGAAACUUUGGGCAGAAAGAGACAACAAGGAGCUCGACUACAUGUUCUACUUUGACAUGAGAGAAACAUCCCACAUCAUGAUGGCCAAGAGCCUGGAGGAUCUUCUUUUCAGUGUGAUCAGUGAGCCAGAUGAAGGCAAAGAAGAGGUCUUACAGGACAUAAAGAAGAACUCUGACAAUGUUACACUAAUUUUUGAUGGAAUCACAGAUCUCUCUUCAUCAGUGGUGAAGAGACUUGUAGAGAAGGACCUACUACCUGAUGCCAAGGUCAUCAUUACAUGCAGACCAGAUGAUGAAGAAGACUUCCUUUCUGGGGACUUCCUCAGAGUGGAAGUGAAAGGCUUUAGUGAGAAGACCAUAAAAACAUACUUCUCUGCAACUCUAGGAGAAGAACAGGAGAAGGUUUUAAGCAACCUGGAGUUGUUAACUCUUUGCCAUGUCCCAAUGUAUGCACAGAUGGUGGCUGUCUGCUUUUCAUCAGAGACAUCAGAAGACUCUCCACAGCCAUGCACUGUAACUGAAAUCUACAUCAAUAUUGUUCGUCGUUGCCUUCAAACAAUCAGCAAGAAAACAAAAACCAAAGAUCUAAAUUCCUUCAUCAACAACAGGAGUGAAGAAAUUCUGUCUCUGGCCGAGUUUGCUUUUAAAGCAACUGUAGAAAAAACUGUGAACUUGACAGAACUGCCCUGUGAAGACAGCUGCGUCCUCUCCUUCCUGAAACCUCUUGUUAUCAAAGUGGCCCCCACUGAGACAAUCACCACUCAUGCAUUUCUCCAUUACACAAUGCAGGAGUUUUUUGCAGCACUGUGGCUGCUGAAGAAUCCAGAUAAGAUCAGGGAUGUUUUUCAGCAGAGCGUCACUGAGGAGAAGAAACACAUGAAACAUCUGAUCCCUUUCAUGUGUCGACUGCUGACUGACAAGAGACCUAGUUUGAUGAAUUGUCUGAUUCCAGCUCAGGAGCUCAAGAACACGUCUGACUGGUUCUUCGAGGAACUGAUAACCACAUUUUCCCCUUGUCUCAGUAAGAAAGACGAGGAUGAUACUGAGGACAGUGGGCUUGAUGUGGACAUACUGUUCUUAUGUCAGUGCUUGUAUGAGUCCCAGUGUCCUGAAGCGAGCAUCAACUUCCUGGAGAAACUGGACUACCAUCUUGAUCUCAGUGGAGAGAGUCUCGAGCCUUACCUUUGCUCUGCUGUGGCCUACGUGGUCACUCAGUCGAAGGAGAGGAAAAUAUUGCUGAACCUGGAGGACGUCAUGGUGUCAGAGCAAGGAAUGAGACGACUGUUAGGAUGCCUUCAAAAUGUCCAGUGGUGUGGUCCUCUGCCACGGCAGCUGUGGGAGAUUUUCCUUCUCAGUGAAGACAGAUGGCAGAUGAACCACAUCAGCUUACUCAGCCUGGAUGGGAAUCAGUUGCACCUUCCAGUUGAGGGUAAAAGACGGCUGUUUGAAAGAGCAGUAAAAGUCAUGCAGAAGAUCACUAAACAGCUUAAUAUCUGCCUCCACUGGGACAGGAAAACUCCUGCCUGCCAAAGUCUGUGCGAGUCUCUCUUAGAGGCUUUGCCCUACAUCCACUCACUCAGCUUCAGGAGGACCUACAGAGGUCCAGGAUUACAGGACCAGCAACAAAGCCAGGGGACACUGGAGAGGGAAAAACAGGAGCUGUUACUGGAUUUAUGCCUGAGAGCAGCACUUUACAAAGGAGAGAGCUUUCACAGAGUAGUGAACGAACUUCUCUCAUUGUUUUCUGUGAACAAUGACUUACAUAACAUCCUUCUUGAUUUUUAUCAACACGUCAAGAGUAAAGAGUGUUCAAGUGUCAUUCCGAAGCUGAGAGCACUUUUCCAGUCAGCUCCUGCAGUCUGGUCCAUAAACCUCUCAGAGAGAAAGACCUCCAUCCUCCUGGAAGUGCUGAAACUCCAACCAGAGAAGAAACCAGUGGAGCUGACAGGCUGGACAGAUGAAGAGAGUGAAGUGAGGAGUUUCUUACAGUGUCUGCCUUAUAUCUCACAGCUCAGAGUCUUUGUCCCGUUUGAAAGUGAAGCCAAGUUCUUUGGGAAUCUGUUCUGUGCAGCAGCAGAGAGAGAACAGCAGACAGGAGAAAAGAUACUGGAGCUGUUAACAUCAUACAUCGAUAAUUUUGAGGAUGAUGAUGAAUAUUAUCAGAGUGGUUUCCUGCUGGAUCUGUACUCCCACCUGAAGGACUAUGAGACUAAAACAGGCUUGAGGGUCCUUCCAUCAUUACAGUCAGUUUUCCAGUCAGCUCCUGCAGUCUGGUCCAUAGACCUCUCAGAGAGAAAGACCUCCAUCCUCCUGGAAGUGCUGAAACUCCAACCAGAGAAGAAACCAGUGGAACUGACAGGCUGCUCAGAUGAAGAGAGUGAAGUGAGGAGUUUCCUACAGUGUCUGCCUUAUAUCUCACAGCUCAGUGUCUCUCAGCAGUUUAGAGGCUCAGGUGAAGUCAAGUUCUUUGGGAACCUGUUCUGUGCAGCAGCAGAGAGAGAACAGCAGACAGGAGAGAAGAUACUGGAGCUCUUAUCAUCAGUGUGCAGAUAUCAAUCAUUCCCUUUUAAAGAGAAAUGGUGUGAUUUCCUGCUGGACCUGUACUCAUUUGAUCCUGAAACAGGCUUGAGAGUCCUACGAAGAUCACAGUCAGUUUUCCAGUCAGCUCCUGUGGUCUGGUCCAUAGACCUCUCAGAGAGAAAGACCUCCAUCCUCCUGGAAGUGCUGAAACUCCAACCAGAGAAGAAACCAGUGGAGCUGACAGGCUGGUCAGAUGAAGAGAGUGAAGUGAGGAGUUUCUUACAGUGUCUGCCUUAUAUCUCACAGCUCAGCUUCAGGUGGACCUACAGAGGUCCAGGAUUACAGGACCAGCAACAAAGCCAGGGGACACUGGAGAGGGAAAAACAGGAGCUGUUAUUGGAUUUAUGCCUGAGAGCAGCACUUUACAAAGGAGAGAGCUUUCACAGAGUAGUGAACGAACUUCUCUCAUUGUUUUCUGUGAACAAUGACUUACAUAACAUCCUUCUUGAUUUUUAUCAGCAUAUCAAGAGUAAAGGGUGUUCAAGUGUCAUUCCAAAACUGAGAGCACUUUUCCAGUCAGCUCCUGCAGUCUGGUCCAUAAACCUCUCGGAGAGAAAGACCUCCAUCCUCCUGGAAGUGCUGAAACUCCAACCAGAGAAGAAACCAGUGGAGCUGACAGGCUGGUCAGAUGAAGAGAGUGAAGUGAAGAAUUUCCUACAUUGUCUGCCUUAUAUCUCACAGCUCAGUUUCUCUUUCUGGUUUAGAGGCUCAGGUGAAGUCGAGUUCUUUGGGAAUCUGUUCUGUGCAGCAGCAGAGAGAGAACAGCAGACAGGAGAGAAGAUACUGGAGCUGUUAUCAUCAGUGUCCAGAUAUCAAUCAUUCCCUUUUAAAGAGAAAUGGUGUGAUUUCCUGCUGGACCUGUACUCAUUUGAUCCUGAAACAGGCUUGAGAGUCCUACGAAGAUCACAGUCAGUUUUCCAGUCAGCUCCUGCAGUCUGGUCCAUAGACCUCUCAGAGAGAAAGACCUCCAUCCUCCUGGAAGUGCUGAAACUCCAACCAGAGAAGAAACCAGUAGAGCUGACAGGCUGCUCAGAUGAAGAGAGUGAAGUGAGGAGUUUCCUACAGUGUCUGCCUUAUAUCUCACAGCUCAGUGUCUUAAUCCAGUUUCAAAGUGAAGCCAAGUUCUUUGGGAAUCUGUUCUGUGCAGCCGCAGAGAGAGAACAGCAGACAGGAGAAAAGAUAUUGGAGCUGUUAACAUCAGUGUGCAGAUAUCAAUCAUUCCCUUUUAAUGAGAGAGACAUGGAUGAUGAUGAUGAUUACAAAUAUCAGAGUGGUUUCCUGCUGAAUCUGUACUCCCACCUGAAGGACUAUGAGACUAAAACAGGCUUGAGAGUCCUUCCAUCCUUACAGUCAGUUUUCCAGUCAGCUCCUGCAGUCUGGUCCAUAGACCUCUCAGAGAGAAAGACCUCCAUCCUCCUGGAAGUGUUGAAACUCCAAACAGAAAAGAAACCAGUGGAGCUGACAGGCUGCUCAGAUGAAGAGAGUGAAGUGAGGAGUUUCCUACAGUGUCUGCCUUAUAUCUCACAGCUCAGCUGUGAUCCAGAGUUCUUCCAGAGUCUGUGUGCAGUCAUCUCUGUAAGAUCCAGAGAGGCCGAGCAGUUGGCCUCUGUGCUGCAGCUCCUGGGCUUCAGCCUGCUGUUAACAGGAGAGUUACACAGGAAAACCUGCAGGUCUGUGGGGAGGGUUCUCAGACUCUGUGGCUCUGAUGUGGAUCUGGUCCUCACACCCAGAAAGAUGUCUGUCAGAGGAGCCUCCCUCCUCUUCAGCUGUACAACACAACUCCACAGUCUGAGGCUUUCCAGCGACAUGGCCUUGCUACUGUCUCGAUGGGUGAGAAGAGGGAGAGCGGCCUGUCCGUUGGCUGUUGAAGAGCUUUCUCUGGCCCCUCAGAAAUCCCGACCAUCAGACAGAGUGCUGUUGAAGGUCGUCAGUAGUUUGGCGUCCCUGCUGAGAUCCUGGGCAGUCAGACGGUUGGACCUGAAUGAGUUCUGCGUCCCUGCUCAGGGUCUCAUUCCUCUGCUGCUGCACGACGGCCCUCUAACCAUCAAACUGAGUCAGGAGAUUUUCCAGCAGCUCCUCUCCCUCCUCCAUGAAGUCCAGGACGAGGUCUUGACCCGGUCCUUCUUGAGUAAGGUUGGUGGAGACCUGAGCUCCUGCUGUCUGAACUGGGAGCUUCUUCACUAUCUGCUGCAGCAGUCGUCAGCUCAGACCAUCACUGUGAACCUGAGGAAGAACCUCUUCUUACAGGAGAGCGUCACACGUCUGCUUCCCUUUCUGGACAGGAUUGUAUUUAAAAGGCCCUGUCCCGGCUUUGUGUUGACUGCCAUCAGAGAGAUCUAUAAAGCUCGUGCCAGUCCCAUUAUACCCAGUUUACUGAGGUCACUGGAUCAUGUGAUCAACCUGACCUGCAGAGAGAUGGACUCUGUGGACUGUGCUGCUCUGCUCUUCACCCUCAAACACAGUGACAGAGUUAAACUGAACCUCCAGUGGACCUCCAUACCAACAGGGGACACAGAGUCCAUCCUCUUUACGCUGGACAAAGUUUCUCAGCUCAGUGUGGACAGGAACCUGCUGCUGAGGCUGGUGCACUGCUGUGCUGCCUCUGACGCCCAGCAGGGGGCAGCAGUCGGCCUGCUCAGGACUGUGCAGCACAGGCUGGAUCUGUCCUGCUCCUCCUGUGUGGAGCUGCCAGAGGAGGAUCAGAGCGAGACUCUCAGUCUGACCGGUGAGGACUGCGGGGCCGUCUCCGCCAUCCUGAGACGCAGCGUCCGGGACACACAGCUCAACCUGCAGGACUGCGAGGUGGAGGACAGCGGACUGGACCUGCUGUUUCCUGUCCUCCGCAGAGUCCGCCUCAGAGCCAGUAAAGCCGUCCUCCUCCAGCUGGUGUCCCUGGUUCCUGUGAACAGUGAGGGGGACACAGUGAGACGGGCGGUGUCCCUGUGUAGAGCCCUGGACGGAGAGCUGGACCUCAGUCACACCUCACUGGAUCAGAGGGCCUGUGGAGCUUUGGCCCUGAUGCUGGACUUCUCUGAAGGGCUGACAGAGCUGGACCUCAGUCACUGUGAGCUCACCGACCAGCUGCUGCUCACACUCAUCACACAUCUGCACAAAGUCCAGGUCCUGGAUCUGAGUCACAAUAAGAUCUCUGAUGCUUCAGCUGGAAAGUUACUCCACCUGGUCUCCAUCAACCCCUCCAUCAGCACUGUGCGACUCUUCAGCAACAACUUUGUGGACCGAACACCCUUUAAGAAAGACAAGCGGUUUGAACUCUGGUGACCCGCUCGUCAGUGUGGAGCUAAUGUGCUGAUCGGGGAAUAACUGCUUGAUGUCUAACGAUCAUUACAUGAAAAUAUUUCUGUAUUAGUACUUUGACUUUAAUAAUUAAGAAGACAGUUUAUAUGGAGGACAUUAAUGAUUACGUCUCAUUCUUGAGAUACUGAAGAUUAUUCUGUAAUAAUUCUCCCAAUGUUUACACGUCAGAUUGUUCUGUUGGGAUCAUGAUUCAACUCUUUUCUCAUUCUAGCAAAACAAAUAAGUAAUAUUUUGGGAUAACUGUCUUUUCUUAUUCUGGGAGAACUAAUUGUGUAUUUUUGUAUACAGGUACUUUGUGGUCCAUGUUUACUUCAGAGCAGAGAGGAUGAUGAACGAUACAAGAAAGAUGAGGUCAGGAGAAAAAACAUGGUUGAUACAUGAAGAUAGAAAUAAAUUAUUUUCUCUUUAUUUGACAGUUUUCUGAACUUUUCCUCAUUAAAAUACCUCAUUUAAUGUAAACUGCCGCAAUAAUGAUAAUAAUGAAAAAAAGGUGAAAAUCUGUGUUAACCAGCUGAGUGACUUUGUGCCAGAAACAGACAAUACAAAAAGUAUUCUAUAAUAUUGUGAAAUGUACUGUUGUAAAUGUUACGGAUAAGAGCCAAAUGCCUCUAGCUACAUUAUAUAUAAUUUAUGUACUUUGGGAUAUGUUUGUAUGACUAACAUUUAUUACAGUUAUGUUACAGAUCAUUAAAACUCAUCACUCGGCUUGUAAAACAGAAACCUACUCGUUUAUAUUUGAACCAGAAGAAGCACAAAAGUAUUUCUUUUUGAUAAGAUUAGAAAUGAUUAACUUUUAUUCUGGAACACAGAACACAAAGACAGAUCUUCAAGUUGGAGUUGGUCAGUAAAAACAAAAGAUAUGUAAAGGUCCACUGUUUCUGCCUGUAAACAGUCACAAGAUAAAUGAACUGUUUGUAAUGUGAUUUAUUUGAAAAGGGAGAUAAAGUUGUGAAAUGUCA